UCAGAACAAAAAAAACAACCAGGAAAAUACUUAGCUAUAGAUUGUGAAUUUGUUGGUGUAGGGCCUCAAGGUACAGAAAGUGUUCUUGCAAGAGUUUCCAUAGUUAAUUUUUAUGGGUAUACCAUUUAUGACAAAUUUGUCAAACCUACAGAACGUGUUACUGAUUGGAGAACCUGGGUUAGUGGUGUGAAACCUGAGCAUAUGAAGACUGCAAUUGAUUUCAAAACUGCACAGAAUGAGGUUGCUAAGUUGUUUGAUGGAAAAAUUUUAGUAGGACAUGCAAUUCAACAUGAUCUUGACUCCUUGAUGCUAUCCCACCCAAAAUCUAUGAUCAGAGAUACUUCCAGACAUCCACCUUUCAAAAAGCUUGCUCAAGGAAAAACACCAGCGUUGAAAAAGUUGACAAAAGAGCUGUUGAAAAUUGAUAUUCAAGGUGCUGAACAUUCAUCGGUUGAAGAUGCUAGGGCUACCAUGAUGUUGUAUAAAUUGCAUAAAAAAGAAUUUGAAAAGCUA